AAAAGCAAAAAUCACAAUCACAAAUUCUGCACUAAUUCAUGCUAUUUAUGAAGGACAUGAAUCUGAUUACAAAUUACAAAUUGAAUUGCAACACUCUAAAAGAAAGAUAAAAUAGCUUACGUAUAAAGCUCAUUCACACAUUCUUUCUGUCUAGAAUCCAUGGCUGCGAUUGGUCUGAACGGCGUGAAGGUGGGAACGACGUCCUCUCAGGCGUACCUUGAAAGCAAGGCAGUGAAAGAAACAAGGGCUCUAAUGGCUGAACUGUGUAGGCACUUCUACAACCUUGGAUGGGUCACAGGCACUGGUGGUAGCAUCACCAUGAAGGUUCAUGAUGAUUCUAUUCCCAAGCCUCAACAACUCAUUCUCAUGUCCCCUUCUGGUGUUCAGAAAGAAAGAAUGGAGCCAGAGGACAUGUAUGUGUUAUCAAACAGUGGGCUUGUCUUGUCUGCUCCAUCUCCUAAACCAUACCCGCACAAGCCUCCCAAGUGUACUGAUUGUGAUCCACUUUUCAGGAAGGCAUAUGAAAUGCGUGAUGCUGUGGCUGUUUUCCACAGUCACGGAAUAGAAUCUUGUCUUGUAACAAUGAUCAAUCCUUUAUCAAAGGAAUUUCGGAUCACUCACAUGGAAAUGAUAAAAGGAAUCAAGGGGCAUGGUUAUUAUGAUGAACUUGUAGUUCCCAUAAUUGAGAACACGGCCUAUGAGUAUCAGCUCACAGAAUCUUUUGCUAAAGCUAUUGAAGAUUACCCAAAAGCAACAGCAGUACUUGUUCGCAACCAUGGAGUAUUUGUUUGGGGAGACUCGUGGAUUAGUGCUAAAACUCAGUCUGAGUGUUACCAUUACCUCUUUGAUGCUGCUAUCAAACUUCACCAAAUGGGAUUGGACUGGUCAACUCCAAAUCAUGGUCCAAUACAAAGUGCAAGAAGGGGUCUACUAAGUAUUGUCGGACAGUCAAAUGUAUCAGUUAAAGCAAGGAAAGCCAAUGGUGAAAUUGAUCCAUUCCCACAUUGCAUUGUUCUUGACAUUGAAGGAACUACUACUCCCAUAUCAUUUGUUUCAGAGGUUCUCUUCCCAUAUGCCCGUGAUAAUGUUGGGAGGCAUCUAUCUGCAACAUAUGAUACCCCUGAGACUAAAGCUGAUAUCAAGUUGCUUCGUUCCCAAGUUGAAAGUGACCUUGCACAAGGGAUUGCAGGUGCUGUGCCUAUCCCUCCAGAUGAUGCUGGGAAAGAGGAAGUCAUUGCUGCACUUGUUGUUAAUGUGAAUGCUAUGAUUAAAGCAGAUAGAAAGAUCACUGCCUUAAAAGAGUUGCAGGGUCAUAUAUGGAGAACUGGUUAUGAGAAUAAUGAAUUGGAGGGAAUAGUUUUUGAUGAUGUACCAGAAGCUCUAGAAAAAUGGCACGCCUUGGGUUUAAAGGUAUACAUAUAUUCUAGUGGUAGCAGGUUGGCACAAAGGCUAAUAUUUGGAAAAACGAACUAUGGGGACCUAAGGAAAUAUUUAUCUGGGUUUUUUGACACCACAGUGGGGAACAAAAGAGAGACACGCAGUUACGUUGAAAUUUCUGAGUCACUUGGUGUUGAUAAACCCUCAGAUAUUCUAUUCGUCACUGAUGUAUAUCAAGAAGCUACAGCUGCAAAGGCAGCAGGUUUGGAGGCGAUCAUUUCUAUUCGACCUGGAAAUGGACCCCUCCCUGAAAAUCAUGGCUUCAAGACAAUCAAAUCCUUCUUGGAGAUCUAAGAGAAGUAGUUGCAGUCAUUUGGAAUGGCAUUAAAUUUAUAAUGAUAACUAAGGAAAGUGUAACGUCCACUCCUUAUGAAAUAAUGUAAUAUAUUGCUCGAAUAUCUACAUGUUUCUCUUUAACUUGCAUCUUUCAAAUUUUCAAAAUCAUUCAAAUAUAGUCCCUGUUCAUUUUCAUUUGUAUU